AUGGUUGCCUCUUCUUUACGUGAUGUGCCAGGGCCAUUCCUUUCCAAAUGGACAACUCUUCCACUUCAGAUCCAGUGGGUAUGGGGUAGACGAGCCAAAUAUGUCCAUGCACUUCAUCAAAUAUAUGGCCCCGUUGUUCGCUUGAGCCCCAAUGAAAUUGAUAUAUCAGAUCUCAAAGCGGUCCGGCAGAUUCAUCAAACCGGCAGUGGAUUUCUCAAAGCCUCCUGGUAUCAGAAACUGUCGCCUCCAGGUGUUGAGAACCUGUUUGUCACAACCAACCCGCAGUUUCACAGUAGACACCGACGUCUUCUAUCGACCCCCCUUUCGGACUCUUCGCUGCGCCUCGCUGAGCCAUUGAUUGACUCUAGAGUCCAGCUCACAAUCCAACGUAUGAGAGAACAAAUGGAUACCAAUGGUGUUGUUGAUGUAUACAAAUGGUGGGUAUUCAUGUCGACUGAUAUUAUUGGGGAAUUGAGCUUCGGGGAAUCAUUUGAGCUGUUGGAAAACGGAAAGAGAAGCCAACUUGCGGAAGAUGUCAAGAGGACAGGUUAUAUCGAAUGCCUUCACACAACCGUUCCUUCUCUCGUCAAACUUGCGACCAUGCUGCCCAUUCCUUUUGUUCCCGAAAUAGUCCUUGGAGGUCAAAGGAUGCUGAAAAGUUCCGAUGAAGCAAUCGAGAAAUACAAGCAUCAACUCAUCAAAAAUAAAGAUAACCCCAAGAUGUCGCUCUUUACCAAGCUCUUUAAUAGCGUUGACUCUGACAGUCUCACAUAUGAAGAGAUCAGAGAUGAAGCUUUCACUUAUCUUCUUGCGGGCAGUAGUCCUACCGGAACUACAUUGACUUAUCUUGUAUGGGCGGUCUGCCAGCACAAGGAAGUCCAAAAGGCCUUGGUGAGCGAAGUUUGUUCUCUCCCAGAGAACUUCACCGACCAGGAUGUCCGGCGUUUACCUUAUUUGGAACAAGUGAUCAAUGAAACCUUGCGUCUGUAUGCUAUUGCGCCUUCUGGGUUGGCUCGGGCUGUCCCGUCAAGUGGUGCAGAGCUUGCUGGCUUUUUCAUUCCCGCUGGUGUUACCGUCUCAACACAGGCAUAUACUCUUCAUCGAGACCCAAAGAUAUUUCCAGAUCCUCUCAGGUUUGACCCAUCCCGCUGGGCCAAUUCGACUAAGGAGAUGAGAGAUGCCUCCAUGCCAUUUGGUGGUGGAUCCCGAAUUUGUGUUGGUCUACACCUUGCACGCCGGCAGAUACGUCUUGCGACAGCCUACUUCUUCCGUACCUUCCCACGCGCCAAAGUUUCGACUCAACAAAACAUGAGUGACUCAGACAUGGAGCAACUGAUUUACUUCAUGAUGGCACCAAAAGGCAAGCGCUGUCUGGUUGAAUUGGCUUGA